AUGCCCAAAUUUAAGGGAAAAAUUAGCGAUAGAGGAAAAUGGGACGAAAAUAAAAUGAAAGAAGCUGUUAAAAAUGUGAUGGAAGGCAAGUUAUCUGUAAGACAAGCGGCAGACAGGUUUGAUGUACCAAGAAGCUCACUUCACGAUCGCCUAAAAGUUUUGAAAAGUGGCAAAGAGGUUGCUUUUUACCCGAAGUUGGGGCGAUUUGAAUCCACAUUUUCUGAAAACUUUUCUAUGCAACUAUAUGAGCACGUUAAAGAACUGGACAAUCGUCUUAUGCCAUUGAGUAGGAAGGAGUUUUUAAAAUUAUCGUUUGAUUUGGCAGAAAACCUCAAUAUCCUUCAUAGAUUUAAUAAAGAGAAGGGAGUCGCAGGAAAGGACUUUUUUACAGUUUUAGAAAAAAAUAUCCGAAUAUUGUUUUGA